CCGCCCCUCCGGUGCCGGCGCCUCCCCCGCUGCGGCGGGAGAGAGGCGGGGCGGGGCUCCGGAUAUAUAAGGCGAGGGGCGGGCGCCACUCUUUUGUCUCUUGCUGCAGCAACGCGAGUGGGAUCAUCUGGAGAUCCGUUUGGAGCAAGAAUUCACGUAUUGUUUUAAGAAAAUGGCAGACAAGCCGGACAUGGGGGAAAUCGCCAGCUUCGAUAAGGCCAAGCUGAAGAAAACCGAGACGCAGGAGAAGAAUACCCUGCCGACCAAAGAGACCAUUGAGCAGGAAAAGCGGAGUGAAAUUUCCUAAGAGCCUAGAGGAUUCCCCACCCCCAUCAUCUCUGAGACCCCCGUCGUGAUGUGGAGGAAGAGCCACCUGCAAGAUGGACACGAGCCACAAGCUGCACUGUGAACCCAGGCACUCCGCGCCGAUGCCACCGGCCUGUUGGUACCUGAGGGGACACCCAAUCGGACUGCCAAAUUCUCCGGUUUGCCCUGGGAUAUUAUAGAAAAUUAUUUGUAUGAUUAAUUAAAAUAAAACACCUCGUGGCAUGGC